AUGCUGGCGGUGCACCUUGUGGCCUUUUAUUUCACAAAGCUAAAAGAAGAUCAGAUCAAAAAGGUUGAUCGGUACCUAUACCAGAUGCGCCUUUCUGAUGAUAUUUUACACGAUGUGAUGACUCGCUUCCAAGCAGAGAUGGUGAAAGGUCUAGGAAGAGAUACCAAUCCAACAGCUGCUGUAAAAAUGCUACCAACUUUUGUGAGGUCACUUCCCGAUGGCUCAGAAAAGGGAGAAUUCCUAGCUUUGGACUUGGGUGGUUCCAAAUUUAAAGUCCUGCACGUUAAAGUAGCCGAAGAAGGAAAACAACAUGUACAAAUGGAUAGUCAGUUCUACCCAACUCCUAAAGAAAUCAUACAAGGAAGUGGAACAGAUCUGUUUCAAUAUGUGGCUGACUGUCUUGCAGACUUUAUGGAGACAAAGGACAUAAAAUAUAAGAAACUACCUCUUGGUUUUACCUUUUCUUUUCCCUGUAGGCAGAAAAAAUUGGAGGAGGGGGUCCUUCUUUCGUGGACGAAACAUUUUAAAGUCCGAGGGGUGCAACAGACGGAUGUGGUGGACAAUCUGUGCAAAGCCCUCAGAAAGCACAAGGAUGUUGAUGUAGAAGUUUUGGCAUUGGUCAAUGACACUGUGGGAACAAUGAUGACUUGUGGAUAUGAUGACCAGCGAUGCGAAGUUGGUGUCAUUAUUGGAACAGGCACCAACGCUUGCUACAUGGAGGAGAUGAGCAAUAUUGAUCUAGUAGAAGGGGACGAAGGCCGGAUGUGCAUUAACACUGAAUGGGGAGCCUUUGGAGACGAUGCAUCUCUGGAAGACAUUAGGACAGAGUUUGACAAGGAGAUUGACUCGGGGUCUAUAAAUCCUGGAAAACAAUUGUUUGAGAAGAUGAUUAGUGGAUUAUAUCUGGGAGAACUGGUCAGGUUUAUCCUUUUAAAAAUGGCAAGAAAAGGCUUGCUCUUCAAUGGGAAGUUAUCCACAGCACUCUGUACUAAGGGGAAGAUUGAGACGAGACACGUGGCCGCUAUGGAAAAGAAUAAAGAAGGCCUAAGAAACACAAAAGAAAUUCUAAGGGAACUGGGCUUGGAUCCCUCCGAAGAAGAUUGCAUUGCUGUCCAGCAUGUUUGCACAAUUGUUUCGUUUCGCUCGGCCAACCUCUGCGCCACGGCCUUGGCAGCAAUCCUGACGCGGCUCCGUGAAAAUAAGAAACUGUUGAGGCUCCGAACCACGGUUGGCAUUGAUGGGACCCUGUACAAGACCCAUCCACAGUAUGCCAAGCGUCUCCAUAAGGUCGUCCGGCGGCUGGUGCCCAAUUGUGACGUCCGAUUCCUGCUUUCGGAGAGUGGAAGCGGGAAGGGGGCUGCCAUGGUCACCGCCGUGGCCUACAGGCUGCUGUCUCAGCGGAAGCAGAUUGAUGAGGUCUUGGCCCUUUUCAAAUUAACCCGAGAGAAUCUCAUCGAGGUCAGAAACAAAAUGAGGACAGAACUGGAGUACGGCCUGAAGAAAGAAACCCACCCGGCAGCCACUGUGAAAAUGCUGCCCACGUUUGUUUGCAGCACUCCUGAUGGCACAGAAAAGGGAAAAUACUUAGCUCUUGAUCUCGGAGGAACAAAUUUCAGAGUUUUGCUUGUCAAAAUCAGAAGCGGAAGAAACAAAUCGGUUCGGAUAUACAAUAAGAUAUUUGCAAUUCCUUUGGAAAUUAUGCAAGGAACCGGAGAGGAGUUAUUUGAUCACAUUGUCCAAUGCAUUGCGGAUUUUUUGGAAUACAUGGGAAUAAAAGGUGCCCGGCUUCCUCUUGGUUUUACUUUUUCUUUCCCAUGCAGGCAAACAAGUAUUGAUAAGGGAGCUCUUGUUGGGUGGACAAAAGGUUUCAAGGCAACCAAUUGCGAAGGGGAGGACGUUGUUGACUUGCUAAGGGAAGCGAUAAAACGGAGAAAUGAAUUUGAUUUGGAUAUCGUAGCGGUGGUAAAUGACACAGUUGGGACAAUGAUGACAUGUGGUUAUGAAGAUCCAUAUUGUGAGAUUGGACUCAUUGCAGGGACAGGCAGUAACGUGUGCUAUAUGGAAGAAAUGAAACAUAUAGAAAUAAUAGAAGGCGACGAAGGCAAAAUGUGCAUCAACACAGAAUGGGGAGGAUUUGGUGACAAUGGCUGCAUGGAUAAUUUCAGGACAAGAUAUGAUCAAGAGGUGGACUCGGGCUCUCUGAAUCCUGGGAAGCAAAAAUAUGAGAAAAUGACCAGUGGGAUGUAUUUGGGUGAAAUAGUGAGGCAGAUCUUGAUAGACCUGACCAAGAGAGGACUCCUGUUCAGAGGCCAGAUUUCAGAAUCACUAAGAAGACGAGGAAUAUUUGAAACAAAAUACUUGUCUCAGAUUGAAAGCGAUCGCCUCGCCCUGCUUCAAGUGAGGAGAAUCUUACAACAACUUGGGCUGGAUGGGACUUGUGAUGACAGCAUCAUUGUGAAAGAAGUGUGUGGCUGCGUUUCAAAAAGAGCUGCCCAGCUCUGCGGAGGUGGAUUGGCUGCUGUUGUUGAGAAGAUACGUGACAACAGGAAACUGGAACACCUCAAAACUACCAUCGGAGUGGACGGUACCUUAUACAAGCUACACCCACACUUUUCUAGGAUUCUGCAAGAAACUGUGAAGGAGCUGGCACCACAAUGUGAUGUAACUUUUAUGCUGUCUGAAGAUGGAAGUGGAAAAGGAGCAGCCUUAAUUACAGCCGUGGCCAAACGUAUGCACCAAGUUGCUGAAAAUUAAAUUGAUCUCACAGACCUGAGUGGGCAAGAAAGAUCAACUGCAACAUCAACUGUUGUGGCACCGAUCAAUCCAAAAGGGUCCAUUUUUGCAGUUGAUGGUCAGAAAGAACACGGGAUACAAUUUGUCAUGU